UUUACCGGAAGUAUCUACGUGUGCGUUUUCGACAGAGGCAGUUCAGGAAGCAUCUCUCCAAACAGCUACAGAAACGAGCAAGAGUCCGUUGCUCUCUCCUGUUAGGAGUAAGACAAAGAAAGGCUCCAUGUUGCCGACCACCUCUCCACACACCAAUGGCUCCCUCAGCUCCAGGGACGCAGCGCGCCACACGGCGGGCGCCAAGCGCUACAAGUACCUCCGGCGGCUCCUCCACUUCAGACAGAUGGACUUUGAGUUUGCCAUGUGGCAGAUGCUUUACUUGUUCACGUCACCGCAGAGGGUUUACCGCAACUUCCACUACAGGAAACAGACCAAGGACCAGUGGGCCCGGGACGAUCCCGCUUUCCUGGUCCUGCUCAGCAUCUGGCUAUGCGUGUCGACAAUAGGCUUCGGCCUCGUGCUUGAGAUGGGCGUCCUGGAGAUGCUGAAGCUGCUGCUGUGGGUUGUCUUUGUUGACUGUAUAGGAGUUGGUCUGCUCAUAUCAACUUUCAUGUGGGUCUUCAGCAACAAGUACCUGCUAAAGCAUCCCAGCAGAAACUUCGACGUGGAAUGGGGCUACGCAUUUGAUGUUCACCUCAAUGCUUUCUACCCGCUUUUAGUCAUACUGCACUUCCUGCAGCUUUUCUUCAUCAACCAUAUUGUUGUGAUAAAGUUAGACUGGUUCGUGGGAUACUUUGUCGGCAACACUUUCUGGCUGGUGGCCAUCAGUUAUUACAUAUACAUCACCUUCUUGGGCUACAACGCUUUACCCUUCCUGAAGAACACCGUGGUGCUGCUCUACCCCUUCGCUCUUCUCGGCCUCCUCUACGUCCUCUCCAUCUCGCUGGGCUGGAACUUCACUCGGGUACUCUGCUGGUUUUACAAGUACAGAGUCCAGUAGAACCAGUUUCCUCCAGAGGGUUGGACACUACCUGGCUCCGGGUCGACUCUAAUUCUGUUUUGGACUAUGUGAGAACGAAUCGAAGCUGCUGCCAGAGACGGACUUCCGCUUGACUCUCGGUGAACUGGGACUCUGGGUUGGUUUUUCCCUUCGGCUCCAAUUACGAGCCGAGGCCGUAGCUGCAGAAGCAAGGCGACAGAUGGGCCGCAGCUUUUAUCGUCGGUUCUUUUUGUAUGAUUUGUAAAUAGUGCUCCGGCUGGUUGUAAUAUAUACACACAGAUGAUUGUUUCCGAAGAGGUUUAGUUUGUUUCCUUUGAGUUUUCUUUAAAAAAUAAAAAAUGAAAAAAUUAAGUCCUGCUUAUUGAAGGGAAAAAGAGGAGGAACAUGGGAUGCAAGUAAUUUCCCUUUACUUUAUUCUUGAAGUGUACAUUCCAGAGCACUUUCAAUAAAAGGUUUUAUUAACUUAA